AUGUCGCCACCGUCUGUGCACUACAGUGGGGGAGCGGCGCCGAUUGAAAAUGGAGGAGAGGAGGUGGAGUUCGCCACUCCACUUAGUGUCCACAUCGACCACCUGGAUGCUAAUCACGAUGAUGCGCCACUCUGGUUAUGCAAGAUCGACAACAUAGUUGGGCUGGCCUCGCCGCAUGGUCUCGCGCCGUGGGCAUUAAUUGUAGAGGAGCUGCAUGUUGUAAGUUCUGAUGAGUCGGUCUCUUUUGUUGAAGCAGAGGGCCACCCGAGCUGGAGGAAGGCUAUGGAGGAGGAGAUGGCGUCAAUUGAGGAGAACUGCACCUGGUCCCUAGUAGACCUCCCACAUGGUCGCUGGGAGAUUGAGUUGAAGUGGGUGUACAAAGUGAAGCGGGAUGAAAACGGAGCCGUGGCGAAGUACAAGGCGCGCCUGGUGGUGAAGGGCUAUGUGCAAUGCCAAGGGAUCGACUACGACGAGGUGUUCGCACCUGUGGCGUGGCUGGACACAGUGCGCCUUCUCAUUGCUCUCGUGGCGCAUGAGGGGUGGGAGGUGCACCAUGGAUGUCAAGUCGGCGUUCUUGAAUGGCGAUCUCAAGGAAGAGGUGUACAUGGAGCAGCUGGCUAG